AGGUCGAUGUCGAUGGUGGACUAAUAACAAAGUAAAUAGACAUAGACAAAGAUUCUCAAAUCUCAAAUUUGUAGAUAGUUUUGUAAUAAGAAUUCAAUUAAUAAUCAGCAUAAAUAAAUGAUUAAUGUCAUUAAUAUGGACCGUAAUGGUAAUGGAAAAAGAGGAGUGCUAAAUACUAGGAAUCCGUAUGGUGGAAAACUACAAAGACAAGAUUCAGAUGGAGAACUUGAAUCCACCGAUUUGGAAUUCAUCUAUGAUGAUGCCGAUAGUUAUACCAACGAAAUCGCUGAACUGUAUGGAUACACCGAGCAGCCAGAAUACCAACUCAACGUUAAAGCGUUCGAGGAUCAAAUGGAAAUGUACAAACACAGCCCAUCCUGGCAAAAACUCGACCAAUCCCAGAAAAGAUCAGUAGUCUGCAAGCUUCUUGACCAAUUAGAAGUAUCCAAUAAGACGCUUAGAAUGAGAGCCGGCAGAUGUUUCCUGUAUCUUUUACAGGGGUGUUGGGCAGAGAUGCAAUCAGACAAGGAACAACAAGCUUGCACUAAAGAAAAUGCUCUUCUCAUUUAUGAGCUGGGAGUCUUCCAUACGUUCGUCGACCUGCUCAACAUUGAAAUUGAGAACAGUUCAACAGCAAAUACAGCCAUGAGAAAACUGGCGGUCAGCUUGGCCGACUCGCUCGAUCUGCGAGUCAUUCUCAGUGUCAUCUACAUCAUCGUCGAAGUGUUCAGGAAUGUGGCUGAUGAUGACACCGAACAAUGGAAAAAGGCCAAAGAGAAUUUCAAACAAGAUAUCUCAAAUCCGAUUGGCGAUGAACUAGUUGCCGUGAAACUGUUUGGAAUGGUGACCAGGUUCUGUGGGGGAUCAGCUCCGCAUUUUCCCAUGAAAAAGGUUCUGCUGCUGUUGUGGAAAAUCAUUCUGUUGUCACUCGGUGGAAUAGCUGUUCUGAGAGAAUUGAAAAACGUGAGACGCAUAGAACACGGUCUGCCGCCGUUGGAAGAGGACACGGUGGAAGUGGCCCGCCACAUGCGUGCCUCCUCGCCACCAGCCAGCGCUGCCGACCUCAUCGAAACCCAGAGCCAGAAGCGAGGCGGUCUGGGGGGAGUUGCCGUAGGAGGAGGAGGUCGACCCCUACGCCGCAGUCUCAUGAAGCAAUCCUCCCUAGACCACGAAGCAACACUGGCCAUGGAGUUCGAAGACGAUGGUGGAGGAGAAAGUGGUGGGGGAAGAGGAGGGGAAGGGGAAGAGAUCAGGGUUGUGAUUGGAGGCGAAGGCGGGGGCGAAGGAGGAGAGGGGGAAGAGGGUGGGGGUAAAGAGGGGGAUGAUAUGCCGCAACCACCUUCCCCUCCGCCGCAUAGCGAUACGCCGCCGCCUAUCCGGAAACUGCCAUGGUUACCGAAAGUGAGACAGAAGGAUCUGGAUAUUUUCCUGGAGAAUACCAGAGUGAAAUUUGUUGGAUUUCCCCUGCAAGGAGACCGAGAGUCUCUGUUUGGACUGCCUCAACCCAUCCAUGAAGGAGUCGAUGUGUUGAAAAGACAUAUCUAUACAUCAUUGGCGGAAAUACAAGUACAACAAGAGGACGAAUUGGCGAAGAGUCCCAUCUCGUUGAAAGAGACCAACAUAAACAUGACUCCAACUGAGAUAUUGUAUCAGGCAAUGCUACCAAACCUACCUCAGUACAUGAUUGCUCUGCUGAAGAUUCUCCUAGCAGCUGCCCCAACCUCCAAAGCUAAGACUGAUUCCAUCAACAUAAUGGCUGAUGUGCUACCUGAAGAAAUGCCGAUGACAGUGCUGCAGUCAAUGAAACUGGGCACCGAUGUUAACCGGCAUAAGGAGAUAAUAGUGAAAGCGGUGUCGGGAAUCCUGCUGCUGCUGCUCAAGCACUUCAAACUCAACCACAUCUACCAGUUCGAGUUCAUGUCGCAGCAUCUGGUCUUCGCCAACUGCAUCCCCCUCGUGCUCAAGUUCUUCAAUCAGAACAUCAUGUCCUAUGUCGGCACUAAGAAUGUUAUUCCAAUCCUGGACUUUCCGGCGUGUGUGAUUGGUGACCAACCAGAGCUGACCAUUGACAGCCUGGGCAUCGGAGACAACCAGCAACACUCGUGGCGAAACGUCUUCUCCUGCAUCAACCUGCUACGCAUACUCAACAAGCUUAUCAAGUGGAAGCAUUCGCGCAUAAUGAUGCUGGUGGUGUUCAAAUCGGCUCCCAUUCUGAAGCGCACACUGAAAGUGCGCCACGCCAUGAUGCAGCUGUAUGUGUUGAAGCUGCUGAAGAUCCAGACGAAAUACUUGGGCCGACAGUGGCGCAAGUCCAACAUGAUGACGAUGAGCGCCAUCUACCAGAAAGUCAGGCAUCGGUUGAACGAUGACUGGGCUUAUGGCAAUGAUAUCGAUGCGAAACCGUGGGAUUUCCAAGCUGAUGAAUGUGCUCUCAGAGCAUCAGUCGACAGAUUCAAUAACAGGAAAUACAGCAACAAUGUUAUUGUAAGUUACAAAAUCUUCUAUACCUACCGUAUUAUCUUUAUCUUUUGAAUUUAUAUUAAGUCU